AUGCUUACGGAGAACCCCUGGUCAGCAGGGACCGCCUGCGUUUUAAUAUCAGCGCGGGUUGGCAACGCACCGGAGGCGGGGGACCAGCAGCAAAUCUCAGGCAGCUGGUCGGGGAAUGGCGGGGGUGGCGAAAGGCUACAAUUGGCUGAAGAAAUACCUCGCGUCCUCCGCCUGGCUGUGCUGCGUGACUCGCAUCUCUUCCCCGUUUUCGGAUGUUGGACUGUCCAUGACCGGGUGAUGGACACUUCUCGAGGGUUUCUCCAACAAGGUAUCAGCCAACAGCGGGGCACAACCUCAGCCGGGACAAGAUCUAAGCUCCCGACCGGUCUCCCGGCAUGUGUGGCAGUAGGAGCCGCUGGGCAUCGCCACCGUCGAGAUCGCCAUCCCUGGGGGCGCCACGCUGGGCAUCGUCCUGGAGGUCUCCGUGCCUUCGCGGCGGCGCGCGUGGCCGCAGCCGGGCGCGAGGGGUCAGACUAA